UCCAACUUCUUCCGCUUGGACACCAGGGAUUUCCUGAUAUCAGCUUCAACACAAGAGACAUUUUGGGUACUGAAGUCAGAGAAGCGCAGGCUUUUGGCUGACGAUGGAUUCUUGUGAAUCUGAAAUGACCUUGACUGACCUGCCACGUGAACUUCUGGCCGUGCAUGUCUUCCGGUAUCUCACUGCAAUGGAUCUCUGCGAACUUGCCUCAUCCUGCCGACUCUUAAGAGAAAUAACCAAUGACGAUGUCUUGUGGCGCCGUCUUUGUCAACGAAAAGGCUGGGAGCGCUACGGUACCACUCAAGACAUUUGCAAGGAGGUACCAGUUGAACCCAGCGUUAAUGGUCGCAUCUACGAAUUUUGGGACUCUUUCCCGCUCGAUAUUAUUGUGACUGGUUCAGACUGGCCUGGACUGGUUAAGACGUGCAAAUGGAAGGAGGUGUACAUGAAAGCAGAACAUCUGGAGGAAAAUUUCUCGAGCGAACGUUACUGGGUGGAUACAUUAGAGUCUUGGGUGGGUCGAAAGGUGACCUUCCACAAUGGUGAUGCUCUUGAUGCUAAUGAACAACGUCUUUAUAAUUUGGCUGGUGAAGGAAACUGCUUAGCUGUGGGUAUAAGUAACCAAACUUUACAAAUCUGGGAUCUGUCAAACGGGAAACGCCGACAUAUUAUACAAGUGAACAUCAGUUCCGAUUGUAAUGCUCUGAAGAUGCAGGAUGGCAUCGUAGUUGCAGGUUGCAUGGACAGUAAGAUUCGCACCUUCUCUGCUGAGACUGGAGAGCAGCUUCAGUUUCUGACGGGCCAUCGUCUCGCAGUACGUUGCGUUUUCUUCGAUGGAGAAACUAUUGUCAGUGUUGCUCAACCAAAAGUUAAGGGUGACGGAGAGCACACCGACAGUGAUGUACGCGUCUGGAAUGCUGAAGACGGUGCGUGUCGCUUUAUCAUCCGAAGUGACUCUCAAGACACUCACCUCGUUCACGCUGAGUAUAAGGAAAGGAUGGUAGCUUGUGCUUACAGUAACAAAACAAUUCAAGUAUGGAAUGCAUGCGACGGAUGCUGCAUACAGCGACUUGUUUGUGACAUGAGCAAUUUACUUACAUGCCAUCUCGGAAAUGGUGUCAUCAUCGGCACUUCUGACGAUUUCGUCGUGAAGAUAUGGGAUCUUGUAUCCCAAAGAUGCCUGAAGACAUUUGAAGUACCGUUCGAUUACGAAGAGCGUCACCGUGCGUCCUUUGCUUUCAAUGGCGAGCUUCUCGCUUGCAUGUUUGGUUACCAGUUGAUAGUGGUAAAUCUUGAUGGAAAACAGCUCGAACGUUUCCAAUUGGCUAAUCCCGUCUCUACACGCGGCAACAAUUGUUUUCUUGGCAACAAGCUGCUGACGCUUUGUCAGGGUGGAAUUGCAGCCUACUUUUUCAAGUGUUGUUUAUGCGUGAUCGGCCAGGAGUCCGGCGCAGGGAGUUCCGAUGAAGUUGAUUCGAACUGGAGUGCGCCAAUGGGGGAUUACUUUGGGGGAAGUGAUUAUUGGGGUUGGUCACCUUUUUGGAUCAGUGAGACCAAAGUGGUCUGCGAGGACUUGGAUGAAAAUCAUAGAUCUCAAAUAAUUGUCCGACAUUAUUGGUGACAAUGUAUGACAUUGCUUCGAUUCUGCUCCAGUACAGAGGCUUUUGGCUGACGAUGGAUUCUUGUGAAUCUGAAAUGACCUUGACUGACCUGCCAUGCGAAUUUCUGGUGCAUGUGUUUCGCUGUCUCACUGCAAGGGAUCUCUGCAAACUUGCCUCAUCCAGCCGACUCUUAAGAGAAAUAACCAAUGACGAUGUCUUGUGGCGCCGUCUUUGUCAACAAAAAGGAUGGGAGCGCUACGGUACCACUCGAGACAUUUGCAAGGAGGUACCGGUUAACGCCAGCGUCAAUGCUCGGCUCCUUGAACUAUGGGAUCCCCCAACCUUCCCGAUUGAUGUUCUUGUAACUGGUUCAGACUGGCCUGGACUGGUGGAAACAUGUAAAUGGAAGGAAGUGUAUAUGAAAGCAAAACAUCUUGAGGAAAAUUUCUCGAACGAACGUUAUUCUGUGGAUACACUAGAGUCUUGGACGGGUCCCAAGAGGACAUUCUACAACAGUGAGAACCUUGAGGCUCCGGAACAGUAUAUUUAUAAUUUGGCUGGUGAAGGAAACUGUUUAGCUGUCGGUAUAUGUAACAAAACCUUGCAAAUCUGGGAUUUAUUCAGCGGGAAACGCCGACAUAUUAUCCAUGUGAACAUUAGUUCCGAUUGUAAUGCUCUGAAGAUGCAGGAUGGCAUCGUAGUUGCAGGUUGCUUGGACAGUAAGAUUCGCACCUUCUCUGCUGAGACUGGAGCGCAGCUUCAGUUUCUGACGGGCCAUCGUCUCGCAGUACGUUGCGUUUUCUUCGAUGGAGAAACUAUUGUCAGUGUUGCUCAACCAAACGUUAAGGGUGACGGAGAGCACACCGACAGUGAUGUGCGCGUCUGGAAUGCUGAAGACGGUGCGUGUCGCUUUAUCAUCCGAAGUGACUCUCAAGACACUUACCUCGUUCACGCUGAGUAUAAGGAAAGGAUGGUAGCUUGUGCUUACAGUAACAAAACAAUUCAAGUAUGGAAUGCAUGCGACGGUUGCUGCAUACAGCGACUUGUUUGUGACGUGAACAAUUUGCUUACAUGCCAUCUCGGAAAUGGUGUCAUCAUCGGCACUUCUGACGAUUUCGUUGUGAAGAUAUGGGGUCUGGUAUCCCGAAGAUGCCUGAAGACAUUUGAAGUGCUGUUUGAUCGACAGGAGCAACACCGUGUGUCUUUUGCUUUCAAUGGUGAGCUUCUUGCUGGCAUGUUGGGUCGCCAGUUGAUAGUGACAAAUCUUGAUGGAGAACAACGAGAGCGUUUUGAAUCUGUUUAUCCCUUCUGUCCAGACGCCAGCAGCUGUUUCCUUGGUAACGAGCUGCUGACGGUUUGUGAUGGUAAAUGGUGGUUCAGGUAUCGUCUAUGGGCGAUCGGCCAAGAAGAGUCAGGAGCGGAGGAUUUCUCUGAAGUUGAUUCGAACUCGAGUGAGCCAAUGGAUUAUUACUUUGGGGGGAGUGAUUUUUCGGGUUGGUCUCCUUUUUGGAUGAGUGACACCAAAGUGGUCUGCGAGGACUUAGAUGAAACAGACAGAUCCCAGAUAGUUGUCCGACAUUAUUGGUGACAAUGUUGGAUAUGGUUUCGAUUCUGCUCAAGUGUGGUGACAGUCGCAUUGGUUUGUGAGCUGGGGAUUCCCCAUUAUCAUUAAGUCAUUAUAAUGUAACCUUUAAACUCUGCUUGUGAGCAGGGCGGGAAUAAGCCUUUUGCGAGUUAACUUUGACCCAAAUCUGGUACAAUGAGUUCUUUAAAUUCACAUGAACAUAACAACUUGAAUUCUCCAUACCAUACUAAAACCACUGUUGCUAUACCAUGAUAACCACUUCCCAAUCAAAACUCAGUUUCCAUUCAGAGGCGGUUGCAACUGUCCAACGCUUUAGCGUCUACUUGCCAGAAACGUCACGGGGUAAACGUCACGCUCGACAUGAGUUGCCAUGGUGCCAUGGUGUAGAAAGACUCAAAAUAAAUUAUAGAAAUAGAUUUAACCCCCCCCCCACUCUGCACUGUCCAUGUGACUUUAUAUAAUUUGUUAUCAAUAGUCGCCAUACCAACUUUGAGGAGUUCGACGUGGGGCAUUUUGAAGUGUUAAAGGGUGUAAACUGGACAGUCGUUUGGGCGUAUAAUCAGCCUUUUUGUAUCGUUGUUUUAUGUUUAAUAUGGCGCAUGUUUAUUGCAGUGAAUCGCUACGCUCUUCACUUGAAGUUGUACCACGCCUCACUCACUUGUGCACUGCACGUCACAGUCAUGAUUCUAUUAAUCAAUAACAAAGAUGUUAAUAGUUGGAAAGAAUAAACCGACUGAGCUAGUUCCGUCCGAGUUAAUGCAAGGAGUUGCGAUGAGAAUUUGGACCAAAAAUUACAAGACAUGUGGCAAGCUACAAACGCCAACUACAGGGAGCUAAUAAAUACAUUUUCCACCCUGAGUCCUGUUUUCAUGAGCUGAGUCUCGCUGGAUGGGCUUUUUGCCAAAUGAAUGUAUGGUAAAUAAGCCGUGUGCACGUGACCUGACCCCAAAAUAGCUGAAGCCUAAAUUUAACCGUAAAUACACAGGCACAUUAUUACUGAAGACGUCAUGGGUUGUGCGUACCAUCAACAUGUUCGCUCUUUUUGUUUACAAUUGCAUUGCUGAAAGUAUUGUGAUCCGGUUAGAUCCGGGUUGUACUGCUAAAAAUAAAAAUGCUCAAAGAGUUUGAAUGUCGGGGCUGUUAUAAAAUGGCAGUCAA